GCUUUGACUGUGACCACCAGCCUAGCAAGUUCUUUAAAGGAGAUAACGAAAUGUCAAGUUAGUGCCAGAAAUAUUGCCAAGACACAAUGCAAUGCACUGGUAACUCUGAUGGACAAGCAAGUGAAAGAAGACACAGAAUACAAACAGAUAGCGGCUAAAACGAAGCCUGUAUUGGAUGUUCUAGAGACCAUUAGUGACUGUUUGUUGGAAUCUGUCCAGUCGAUAAUAGAAGGACCAGUGAACGUCCAAUCAGAUCAGAUGUCUCUGACAGUUCAACAGAUCGAGCCGACUGUUGAUACAUUUCAUGUUACAGCUGAUCCUGAUGACCAUGGUAACCCAGGUGGCUCCGUUUUUUUCCCCAAUGACAUGGAGAGAACAGACAAACCUUUUGACUUGCAGAUGAUGAUUAUGAAGAAGAAUCCAUUUCAGUGGUCACCAACGGCAGAUGAAGUGAAUUUACCAGUGAUGAAGAUCUCAGUACAAAAUGAUGGAAAAAGUCUUGAUACAUCGGAUCUGCCUGUGCCGGCAGACAUCUUCAUAUCAGUAAACUUAUAUAAUGUGAUGGAAGAAAACAAAAUAUACACCUUGAAUGUCUCAUAUGACUCUAUCAAUCAUAUAGUGAGACAUUCUAGUGGUGUACGUGUAAUUAUUCCACAAGUUAAAGGAAAAACACAGGUUGUGAAAAUGUUUUCUAUAAAUUCAUCAUUGAAACUAGAGGUUGUUUUGGGAGCUAGUGAAUCUGAAGUAAGCUUCAGGAAUCUCGAAUUGCAUGGGUUUGCCUGGCCAGUGGAAGAUGGAGCUCGCUUGACAUACAAGAACCAUAAGCAAGAUCCACAUCUAUUAUUCUUACCAGAAGAUAUUCUUGGAACGAAUCAAACUGAUUUCUAUGUUUUUAUCAGUGUUCAGAAAGGUCAGAUUUUCCAUGGUAAAGUUGAUGAAUCACACAGACUGAAGAUUCAGAUUGGCAUACAGACAUUUACUGUUGAGUGUUCUUACUGGAGUGAGGCACAUGAAGAGUGGAGACAGGAUGGUUGUAUGGUUGGUCGCUUUACAACUGUAACAACUUUACACUGCUGGUGUAGUCAUCUGACUGUGUUUUCUGGUGGUAUUUUCGUUUCACCCAACACUGUCGAUCCAAUUGAUGAUAUAACCUUGUUCCUGACGUUUUUUGACAAUCCUGUGGUGGUCACCCUCGUUGUUGCCGUUUGGAUUCUGUUCAUUAUGUUGCUCAUCUGGGCACGCAGAGUAGAUCAGAAUGAUUUAAGAAAGUUCUUCUCAAAGUUGUCUUUGGGCGUCCUCACUUUCGCUUGCCUUCUGGUGUCCACCAUAUGGCUGUUUUUGUUACGGAAUCUGCAUCCAUGCAGAGGACAUGUCCAAUCCACUUCCAGCGUUUUCUCUGAAUGA